CAAUGACAUACCUAAAUAUACAUAGAAGCUAUAUGAGUUGCCGGUUGCAUGUGAAAUAACAGACCAAUUGAAUGCAGAUGGUUGUAAAUCCUAACCGAAGUAAGUUAUGUUGAACUAUAUAGAAGACGAUGAGCGAUAGUCCUAUGGAGCUCGGCGAAAGCACUGUAGUCAACAUGGAAGCAUUUGCUUCAAAAAUCCACUCGUAUUUGAAAAUGGACCCCGUUGAAUUUCCGGCUUAUUUACUGGAUCGUUGGAAAAAAGUAUCAUCAACGUUUCCAAAACUAAGUCCAUCUCUGUAUAUUGAUGAAGAAAGAUAUCUAGACACGUUGUUCGACAUGGUUGUUACAUUGCGCGAUGACGUCUGGGAAAGACAUUUUUAUGGAUACGAUAAGAUAAACUGGUCCAAUGAACGGUGGCUGGCUGUUUGCUUGAGCAGUUACAUAAGUUUGAAAAUCGUAGCUGAGGUUUAUCUGAAAGAGCCAAACGAAUUAUUUUUUUCUCUAUUUGAGUUGUGGCCGAAUUCUGAGAGGACCUUUCAAAAAUUAUUUCCUUUCUCACCGAAGGAUCCUGAUGAGCUUUUUCUCAGUCUCAAUGAAUGGCCCCGUGAAAGAAUCUUGAAACCAGAAAUGAAUUCUAUUUUAAAAGGAAUUUUAAUCAUUCACAUGCUGGAUGAUUACUUAGGUGAAAAAGUACGAGACGGAAUUAUUGAAUUAACCAGAAGUAACCGUUCGAUUGAAAGUCCGGAAGAAUUUUGGAAAAUUUUAAGUCAGGGUAAUUCUGAUAAAUUUGAUGUAGCUAAAUUCGUCGAUUCGUAUAACGCGUUAAGUCCAGACUUCCCCGUGAUAUCAGCUCAGCUAGAUAAAAAUACCGCGAUAAGAUUUGAGAACGACGCCAGUUCCAGGUAUUCCAAAUUCCCCGUAACUGUCUCCAUGCAGACGAAAAGCGAAACAAAAGUAAAAAAAUUUAUGCUGGACGAAGAAGCGUCUCGACAUUCAUUUGAGGUGGAGGAAGCGGAGUGGUUUAAAGUCAACCAUUUCAAUGCGGGAUUAUAUACUUUGAACUUGGAUGGAAAUCUGAAGAAUAUUUGUUCGUUGCCAAUUUCCGAGCUUACAAAAUUGAAUUCUAUCGAUAGAGCAAGUGUGUUACUCAAUCUCGAUUUCUCAACUAAAAAUGGUCUGAUGCUCGCUGUAAAGUGCUUUGGAUUUUUAAAAGGCGAAGAAGAUAUAAUACCUUUGGCUACAGCCUAUAGAAAAUUUUUGUAUAUAAGUCGGUUCUUGUACGGAACACGUAUCCACCAACUAUUUUUAGCCUAUAUUGACUCCUUAAUCGAAGUAAAGGGAGAUAUCGUCGAUGAUGGAUUAAGUGAGGACGACGCGAACCGGGCGUAUAAUUGCAUGAUUUUCCAUAUUGGAUGUCUCGUGGGAUCAAAACUAUGUUUGGAGAAAGCAGAAAAAAUAUUUCAGACUUUUCUAAAGGAUGAUACUUCUGCGGCUGUAGAAUUUCUUAAUUGUGCAAUUAUUUACGGAGCUGCAGGCAAUUCAGUUUCAUUUAAAGAGAUUCAAGACAAAUACCUUGGUGAAAUGGACAAAUUGAAAGAAAGUUUAUUGGCCCGUGUUCUAGGCUCUUUGAAGGAGGCAGAUUUAGAAAAGUGCUUAACUGAAAUGAUCUUGCCGGGAAAAAUGCCACUUGACCAUGUGGUGAUUUUUUUUUGUUCAUGUGCGAAAAUUACAUCAUCUUUUUGUACUGCCUGGAAAUUCUUGAUAACAUCGCGUGAAGCUCUUAUCAAACAGUUGUCAGUGGAUGUAUUUAUGUUGAUUAUUGGAGAAUUCGUACCAUCGAUACAUCUGGAUGAACAUUUUGCCGAGGUGUGUAGUAGAAAAGAAACAUUGCAUUUGUCAAUACCAUCAACCGUACAUUUAUCUAAUUUUCAGCUUGACGACUUGCUGAGUUAUUCAAUUUAUGAUGAUAAAAGAUGUAUAAUUGAAACUGCAAAAAAAAAGAAAGUAUUCAUCUCGGAUUAUGCAGAGUUAUAUAAUUGGUUGCUCGAGUAUUUCAAUGGAAAUCCUCAACAUGCAGUUGCAAAACGUCGGAAACUGGAUGAAUUCGCCAUUCAGGACAAACCUACCAGCCUGGACAAACCUACCUGUCUAGACACAUUGCAGUUUGAAAAAACAACUGUAUGGGACACACUGGAAUUUUUUAAAAAUCUGGAUGUAACUACAGUAUCUCGCAUUAAUGCAUGGGAAACCAUAAGAACGUUUGAUACACUCUCAUCUCGAAAACUAUGUGUUGUUCGACCUCCUUGUUGGGGUAAAACAACCACAUUGCAUAUUUUACUAUUGUACUAUUCAAAAGUUUUCAACAAGGAAACACUUGAGGAAGUGAACCAUGACAUCCCAAUAGAUGUUUUUAAAGGUCAUCAAAGUUUUUCAAUUGGCAAACAAUCAUACUCUUUCCUUCAUAGCGCCGAAGAUGAGAAAACUCCUACCACAUGCUCGACAAUUCCUACUGAAUGGGAGACAAGCUGUAAGAAUUCCUAUGCGUGUUUUCAUCUGGACCUCUCCAUCAUCGUAGGCUGUAAUCUUUCCGAAGUAAAAACUGAAAUUACCGCAGCAGUUCAUAAAACGUUAGCCCUUUACAAAUCUUUAUUAAAUGAACAUGAACGUUUUGGCAAAUGCUUCAAAGGAACUUGUAUUCCAACUGAUGACCAUAUUGAUAUACUAGCAUCAGUCUUACGAUACCUGCAGUUCACCAAGGUAUGUGAAUCGCCUUAUAGACUCUUAUUUGUUGACGAAAUAGAUUUGCCUCUUAUCAGAUUGGAAAAUGCCACAGAAAGAGAAAAGGAAGAAAUCAAAAUGUUACUGAUGAAGUUAGUAACACAUGUGGCUGCGUCAGGCUGUCAUGUUAUUUCUUUCGGGGUAUAUCCUUCAUUUUGUGGUGACGUGAUGGCUGAUCAUUUGGCUAAAAUGUACAGUCUUGAUGAACCAAUUUUGAAACCAGUAUUUGGAUUAAAUCACGUCGAAGUAAUGCACUUGAACAACAAAGACACUAGUUUGGUGAAAUUUGCUGGUGGUUAUACUUAUCCUGGGACAAAACCGUUUUCGCUUUAUUGCAUGCAUUUACGGGAAAACGAGAAGUCUAUGUUCGAAGAAACUUGGUUGAGAUCCAAAUUGUAUGACUUUAUUUGGAAAAAAUUUAACGACUGUACUAGGUUUUACAAACUUUUGUUACAACUCCUGGAAAAUGGUUAUGCUUUUGCAUCGAAAGAAGAAUUAUUCAGCGAUCAUCCACUGAAUUUAUUAUAUCACAGUGGCUUUGUUGUGAAGACCUGUGCUGGAAAUUUAUCCCUUGAAUUGUGGCGCGAUGUAAAGAACGAUCAUGAAAACCAACCCAACCCAAUGGAGUUGGUGUAUUAUGUAUUCCCCAACUUCAUGAUGAAGGAUGCGCUGCGCAGUUUUCUUGAUAUGCGUCAUGCAAGCUAAACAUGAGUGCCAAAUCAAGAUGUGGUUCGAUGGUUCGUUUAUUUAGGGUAGUUUUUUUUACAUCAGAUGAUAAUUCUGGUUUUUCACAUGGACAAUCUCCGCAAUCUUCAUACGUAAUGUUUACUGUAAUAAUAUGUAUUUUGUGUUAUUCCUGGAGUUUUGUUAAGGUACCUAUUUAUAAUAAUUAAUAGUAUUUUGAUUUUGAAUAAGUGUAUUUUUUUAUGUUUGAAAAGAAGUAUACACCUACCACUUACCAGUAAUUACCUACGUACUUAGUCGAAGCUUUGUGAGAAAUGCUACAAUCAUGAUUUACACUCGGAUUCUACCUACUAACUUCUUCAUUACUUACAAAACCUGGAAAGAAUUUAUUAAGAAAUCAGAAUUAGAAGAACUUGUAGCCUACAGAAAUGCCACAGCUUCUAUUACAGUCAAUGGAGAAACAGCAAAAAUAAGGCUCAAAAAGGGAAUAAGACAGGGAGAUGCUCUUUCACCUAAAUUGUUCACAGCCACACUCAAUAACAGCAUCAGAGAUAUAUUAUGGGGAGAAGGAGGACUGGAGAUCUCUGGAGAAAAAUUGACCCAUUUGCUAUAUGCUGAUGAUGUGGUGCUGAUAGCACAGGAUAUGGACAAACUUCAGGGAAUGCAGGACAAGGUGAGAGAUGCAUGUCUAGAAGUAGGACUGAAAAUUAAUAAAGGGAAGACCAGGACUAUGUGCAAUGGGUUUGUAACUGAUGAAAAGUGUGUCCAGCUGGAAGAUGAUGAAAUUGAAAUGGUUGAUGGAUUUUGUGUACCUUGGCCAAGAUAUGACCAUGAAUAACAAUUUCAACAGAGAGAUAUCCAGGAGAAUAAAUGCAUCAUGGGCAGCAUACUUGAGGCUGCAAGGAAUUAUCAGAGAGAAGUCAACACCAAUGUGUCUGAGAAGGAAGGUAGCCAAUCAAUGCAUCAUCCCAGUGGCCUCAUAUGCUAGUGAGACAUGGACAUUGACAAAGUAGCUGGAAGAUCGAAUUGUCAAGAUGCAGAGGUGUAUGGAGAGGUCAAUGCUGGGGAUAACGCUGCGAGACAAAUGGACAGUGGAGAAAAUUUGGGAGACCACAGGGGUGACUGACAUUAUGGAGACAGUUAAGGGGAGUAAGUGGCGCUGGUCUGGUCAUGUUGCCAGAAGUGGGGGUCAACGAUGGGUGGUAAAGACUACUCAGUGAGACCAAAACGGAGAUGGGAGGAUGAGAUACGGACAUGUGAUGGAGAAUGGUGGAGUACAGCCCAAAACCGGAGCUCGUGGAAAGAAUUUGGGGAGGCCUUCAUCCAGCAGUGGAUUGAAAAAAAGGGCUAAAAAUAAGAAGAGAAAGAAGUAGAAAAAAUACAAACAUCAAUAACUCCAGUCUUACUGUAGUUACUGUACUGUAGGUACAUAAUUUUUAAAAUUAUUGCCAAAAUUCACUGAGGAAAAUGAUGAGUCUGCGUUAGUCUGCGUUUAUUCAAGUGUAAGAUUUCUCGUGUUAGUUGGUUAAUUUAUUUACUUUACCAUACGCAGGUAUGUUCCCAUUUGCAAAAGUAUACAGAUACACUCUUU